AUGGCUCCUUCAACGAUCGGAACUACGACACAAGUCAUUGAUCAGAUCAAGGAGAAGUUCACAUCGGAUUCUGGUCAUAUAUCCCCGGGAACCGCGAGCUCGAAUUCCGUGCUCAACACAAGCCACAGCGAUCCAUUGAAGCCGACUGGUAUACUUGACCAAUAUGAUCACUUUGAUGUGACGCCGGUCAUUGGCCGCGAAUUCGUUGGCGUUGAUCUGGCCGAGUGGCUACGAGCUCCCAACUCGGAUGAUCUUAUACGCGAGCUCGCAAUUACAAUUUCUCGUCGGGGGGUUGUCUUCUUUCGCAAGCAAGACAACAUUACCAAUGAUCUGCAGAAAGAACUGGUGCAAAGACUGGGUCAGGUCACGGGCAAGCCCGGGACAUCUACCCUACAUAUUCACCCCUCUGUUAAUCCUUCUGUCGAAUUUGGGGGUGAUGAUAACGAGAUCAGCGUCAUUUCAUCCCAGCAGACCAAGAAGAUAUACGGCAAAUAUUUGCAAAAGACGCAGAGUCAGCGGAAACAGUGGCACUCCGAUAUUACAUUCGAGCCUGUCCCAAGUGACUAUACUUUGCUCCGAAUGACCAAGCUACCUAAAACCGGAGGGGACACACUUUGGGCCUCAGGGUACGAGGUGUACGAUCGUAUCUCCAGGCCGCUUCAGGGCUUCCUAGAGACUCUCACGGCUCACUAUGCUCAACCUGGCUUUAAUGAAGCUGCAGAGAAGCACGGGUUCAAGAUCUUCUCAGGACCUCGUGGUGCUCCUGAGAAUGUAGGCGACGUGCUCGAGGCGACUCAUCCCGUCAUCCGCACAAAUCCUAUCACUGGAUGGAAGAGCGUUUUCGCCGUCGGUAUACACGUUCAGAGGAUCAACGGUCUCACAGACGAAGAGUCCCGCCAUUUUCUCGACUGGUUUGUUCAGCUGAUCGUCGAGAAUCACGACCUGCAGGUUCGCAACCGCUGGCAGAACGUCAACGAUCUCGCCAUCUGGGACAACCGCAGCGUAUAUCACGCGGCCACGCCCGAUUAUGUACACGAGGAAGGACUUGGGGAGAGAACUGGCUCGAGGGCAGUCAGUAUUGGAGAGAGACCAUACUUUGAUCCAUCAAGUUUGAGUCGACGUGAAGGACUUGCACAGGAAUUCAACUAG